UUACGUAGUCUGAGAGGUGGAAACAGAAAAUAGAGAUUGUCGUUCUCGUUAUUAUAGUUAUAGUAGGUUUGAGUUGUCACAAUGGUGAAUUCUUGUGUUUGUUUUGGAUGCAACAACUCCAACUUGUCUGGCCAUCGGGUCCACCGAUUUCCAAACAAGAAACACAAAGAUUUCCAUGCUUGGAUACGUUUCGCCCAGGCAAAGAGAAGCAAUUUCGCUGCCUCCUCGUUGACAAGACACACGGUGGUAUGUGAAAAACACUUCACACCGGACAGCUACAACCAAGGAGAUCUUAUGGAAUUUCGCAUGGGAUUUCGACGAAAAGAGUGGGUUAGGCUGGCAAAUGGAGCUGUGCCAUCGGUGCAUGCAGGUCCACCUGCAAAAUCUGGCGGGAGUGAAGAGUCUAACGUUAAUGUUAGCACUAGGAGAGAAUCUGCGCGUCGAAAAAGGGAGCUUUGCACAGCCUGCGGAACUUGUGGUAAUGAGCGUUACUGGCAAAACCAAGAGAAGGUGCAUCGAAACAUGCCUGCCUGCAACCUUUUACUCAGCGGUGCCAUCCACUUCUCAGGUUGCAUGGCUUCUCAGACAAUCAGGAUGCUGAAGCUGUUUGGACUGCAGUGCAUAAGUCCUGGCACUUUUUUCUGCCAUCAGCGCUAUUACUCUAUCCCUACCAUCGUGCAGGCCUGGAGGACUGAGCAGAGGGGGAUCAUCAGGGAGUUGAAGGAGACUGGGGGUGGAUUGAUCCUGUCUGAUCAGAUUCUCCUGGACACUGUGCCAAAUACGGUAGCUACUCCUUGAUUGAGGAUCGAAUUAACAAAGUUUUGGAUGUUCAGCUUGUCCAAAGCUCAGAAGUCCCAAGCAGCUCUUGGUGUGAGCUAGAGGGUCUAAAGCGGAGUAUGCAGUUCUUGAUGGACCAAGACAUGCAAGUGGCAGGU